AUGAGGAACUCGUUCAUAAUAUUGUCAUCGUCUUUGAAGCUGAAACGUUUACGGAAGAUUCAGACUUCAAACAACAGGACUUCGAAACACAAUUUAGGGCGAAAAAGUUCUGGUAGCCCUAGCGUGGUGAUUUUAUCGGAGGAACCCAAGCCCGGUCCUUCCAAACAACGAGCUGACCUUGGUCCAACGCAACGGGAGCUAGUAUACGAUGAAGCCGAUGUUCUGUCAACAAGCAAUGGGAAGAGACACGGAAAAGGGAAGACAAGCAAUGUCAGGGAUAUUUCAAGGAGUGGACAUAAAAGAAAACGUGACGUGACGGGUUCAUCGAAGAGCGGAAACAUGUUGAAGACCAAAAAGAACAAGGGUUCUGAUGAAAAAGAGAAAGGUAGAGCAGGGAAAGCUAAGGUAGAACGUAAGAAACCGGAAAAGGUUCAGAAAGCCCGCAAGCGCGCAAAAAAGGAUGAAUUUCCAGGAAUAAGGACAAGAUCUGCACCGUUGCAGUUUUAUAAGUGUGUACGGGCAUUGACAGAACAACAGCGUGAUGCAGUCAGGGAAAUGGGCUUUGGACGGAUGCUAACUUUCAGCGUUGAUGGUUUGCCGGCGAAGUUAGGUUAUUUUGUUGUGGACAAUUUCAAUCCCGAUAAAAUGACCAUAUGUACGCCUGCCGGUGAUAUCAAGGUGAACAGGAAAGUGAUCAACAAGUUGUUAGGGAUUCCGACUGGUGGGCAAAAGUUUAGUUCUAUUGGUAAGCUGCCGAUUCUCAGCGAGGCCAUCACGGAAUGGAGGGCGAGAUACCCGGGGCCAAUGGUGCCGCCGACAAAGAUGGUGAAAAUGAUUGAUGAUUCCGAUGGCGAAGACAGUUUUGAUUUCAGGAUGGAUUUCUUAAUGUGUUUUGUGGCAGUGCUGGUGGAUUGUCAUAAACAAAGUUGUUUACGGGAAGAAAUAUUGGAGUAUCUGGAUGAAGAGAUGGAUUUUGCAACAAUAGACUGGUGUGACCUUGUUGUGGAAAAGCUCAGAACUUGCAAGGAUACAUGGAAUCGGCAGGACCCACAGAGUUUCUUUGUUGGUCCUCUAGCGAUUCUGAUGUUGUUGUACGUUGAUAGCGUUGAGUGCACGGGUAUGGAGGUUGACAGUGCGGUCUGUCCUUUAGCCUUUUGGAACUUGAAAAGAUUGAGAGAGAGAGAAAGGCUUGAAAUCCUUGCGGGUGGUUUUGGAACAGGACGGUUUAAAGGAUUAACACGUCCCAGAAACUAUAACGUCGAACAAUGGGCAACUAAAGAGGAGAGGUUGACGAUAUUACGACAGUUAAUAUACGUGACAAAGAAGAACAAAGUCAAAAUAGAGGGUAUGUUAGAUUCGCUGUUGGUGGAAAGCCCUGAAGACGAAGAAGUACAAGAGUUGAAGUCAACGUUUGAUAGUUUGUUUGAGAAGAAAGAUAGUGAAAGGGAGGAUAACGAUGAUGCGGUAGAUUUAGCGUCACACAAGAUCAAUUCGGUCUUGGACGAUUUGAGAAAUGAUGAAAAGAAUCACAUCAAUGAAGGAGAGAACGCUGGGGAUGGCAUAGAUGAUGAUCUUUCGGAUGGGUCACCAAUAAUGAGCUUGUACAGGAAGUCGCUUGUCCGCCAAAACAAAAAAAUAAGUAAAAGUAGGCUGAAAGCAGUAGGAUCUUCAGUGAUAGACUUCGAUGACCAAGAAGCUGAUGUUCAAAUGCAAUCAUUCGCAAAUGAUGGUGUUGAAGACCCUGAUGAACAGAUUGUAGAUGGUGGAAAGUCGGUUGAGGUGCGGAGAUCAGCACGACUUGAGAACUUAAAACAUGUAAGGGAAACAGAAGAAAUGUUUGUCACGCCAAAAAGGAGAAAGAGAAGUAUGCAGAUUGGUGGACAAGGCACGGAAAGUGACAAAGAAAGAGCAGAGUGUACCGGAGAGCUGGAAACAGUUAUGUCGCCGCGGGUAAGGAGGUCUCCCCGUCUGAAUCUGUUGAAGGGUGCUUCGGAAACAAAAGCCAUCUUUGUGACCCCGAGUUGCCAGAAGUCGAAAACAAAGAUUCUCCGUGGAGAAACGGAUGGUGGUGACGAGUCAGGGUUAAUCAAGACGAAGAAACAGUUGGAAGAGAUAGAACUGAGGGUUAGUGAACUUGGGAUAAAUACAACUGAAGUCGGGGAAGGUGAUAAGAGUGUUAAUGAUGCUGGUAAUUCAAGUCGCGAGGAAUGUAGUGUUGGUGGGGACGAAAAAAAUAAAGGCGCAGGAGGGGUGUAUGAAAAUGAUGCCGAAGAAGUGCAUAAACCGCUGGGUUUAAUGCGUGCAAUAAUGCGUAUUAAAGCAGGAGAAGUGCACGGGGCACAUGAUUACCGGGGUCCGGACUCGCAGUUUGUUACACGUGCUGAGCGUAGAGUGGAAACAGACAAUAAAGUGGCUGCGAAGCCCAAUGAUGAACAGAACACUAAUCUUAAAGCGGAUGACGUCAAAAAGGAUGAGAUUUACGAAGCAAGGUUUGUUUGUGAUCAAAGAAUGGACAAAAUGGUCGAGAUGGAGGACAAGGAUAGUAAACAUGAUGAACAGAGUGGGAAGGAAGAUCCUAAAAACGAGAUUGAAGUUAAGAACGCACCGUCAGAUGGAAGAAAGGAAGAGAGUGGUGGCAUGGUUUUUUCAGCUGCGGACGGGGCUGUUGAUGAUAAGGACAAACACGGUGUGCCGGAUGGCGAAGACAAUGGGGCUGUUGAUGAGACUGACCGUGUUUUAAACAGUGCAGAAGGUAAGACGGAGCAUGAUGGGAUGCGUGCGACUAUUAUAAACAUGCAAGGGUGCACUAGCGCGGUGGUUGAUUCAAUAGUUUCGGGCGACGGGAGUGAGAUGGCACAUGAUGUCGAUGCAAAAGGGAAAGCGGUUGAAGAGGUCCCUUUUGCAGAGAAUGACGACAAUGGGCCUGAGCCCGGUUUUGAUGAACGAAAUUUAGAUGGCCCGAAUUGGAGCCUUGGGAUGACACAAAUUGGGGCUCAAGUGGACGUGUCACACGAAAUUGGUUGCACAAGUGGGAAGAUGGAGGACAUCCCCCGGACAGAAACCAAACCUGUUGGCGAUGUGGAGGCUACCGCAGACUUGAGCAUGGUUAUAAUGGUAGACCCAGUUAGCUCCUAUGACCCGGCCAUUGCAAUCCACAAGGGUCAAACUGGGCUGGGAUCUUGUGGUAGUGAUAUGUAUGAGGUGGAGGACAAUAUUCCGCUUGCUAACCGUGUGCGCAUGUUGGCUGAGUUGGGGGCACAAAAAAGGAAACUCCCCUUCCGAGAGAAGGUGGUAGCGGAGCCAAACAGAUCACCUUACUAUAUAAGGACUGUUGACAUGGGCCAACCAAUUACAAAGAAGGAGACAAAUCUGUGGGACUACAUACACGCCGAUGAAAGCCCAAUGCACCUUUUAAGUGGAUUUUGUCGUAGGAAGCGGGCAAUGGAGGCAAACAUGAGGGAACAGGGUUCUUCGUCAGUGGCUGAUGUAGAUAGUCCGAUACAUAUGUCUGUGGAGUUGCUGUUCAGAAGCCCUACCCACGUACAAGCAUCUCGGUCUAUGUUCAAGAGUUUAAAUGUUGGCAAUGAGGUCUCGGAUGGCAUUAUUGACUGUUGGGCGGAGGUGCUGAACUUCCAGGAGAAAAGAAAAUCACGGGGGGCUUACAGUAGACAAUUUUUUGGGACUAAAGUUGUGUUUCCAUGGAUGCUGACAACUGACGAAGGCGGGGUAGAGGCGCGGAUGCACAAGUUUCGGCUUGGGAUAAAGGGUGCGGUAAACAGAGUUGAUUGCGUUCCUGAUUUCCGAAAUGAAGACAUUGUUUUCUUCCCUAUAUUGGAGCACAAACACUUUUACUUGGUAGUGUUUGAGUUACGCGACCCCGGGAUUUAUGUCAUUGAUAAUGACAAAGCCCGUCAAGGUCAGUUGAUAGAAGACAGCGUCUACUACCUACACAAGGACACAGCGUAUAAGAUUAAAGAUAUGUUUGUGCAAUAUCUGCGGGAGGUUGGGAAUCCACGAGCCGAUGACAUAGAGUACUGCAACAUCCAGCGUAUGCCGGUUCCUUGGGCAACAACCGCAAACACAACUGAUUGUGGGAUCUUCUUGAUGCGGCACAUGGAGUGCUAUAUGGGGAAAAACCAAAGUUUUAACUGUGGGUUCGGCACGAGUGGGGCGAGGAAGAUGGCGGAGGUGAGAAAGUUGAGAAAGAGGUAUGCGGCGCACAUAUUAUGUUCGGAGGUGAAUGUGCUGCUGCCAAAAAUCAAGGAAGAAUGCCGAAUAGAGUAACAUGUGUUAUGGUGGCUAACACAUGUUAUUGUAGAAC